AUGACACAGACAACCUUGCUUCAAUACGAAGCCCCAUGGCCCGUGCACGCGAUCGACUGGUGCAAGUCGCCUGCGCCUGGCCAACUCCGUCCACGCUCCGCCUUCCGCCUGGGGGUGGCCUCGUUCACCGAAGACUACAGAAACCGCAUCGCCGUCGUCGGGCUGCAAGACGAGCGCGUGCUCGUGGAGGACGACUAUGGCGACUACCCGGACUUCGUGACGCUCGUGGAGGCGAACCACGGAUACCCUGCGACCAGCCUGCAGUGGCAGCCCAGCGCGGCGUCCAGUUUCCAGUGGACACAGAAAUCUCCGUCGACGGAACUGCUGGCGACAACGGGGGACUCUUUGAGGGUGUGGGAGUACACGAACGACGCAUCGCCGUCGCUGUCGAGCUUUGUGGGGAGGCAGCCGACCUCAGGAGGGCACAGAUUAACGCUUAGAUCUACGCUGUCUGGGCAAUCAAAAGUCAACAACCAGUCGGGGGGCGCCCCGCUCACCAACUUCUCGUGGAACGAGAAGAUGCCCAACCUCGUCGUGACAUCAUCGAUAGACACGACGUGCACCGUCUGGAACAUCGACACCUCUACCGCUGUCACGCAGCUGAUCGCGCACGACCGCGAGGUGUACGACGUCGCGUGGCUGCCAGGAUCGACCGACAUCUUCGUCUCCGUCGGCGCGGACGGCUCGCUGCGCGCGUUCGACCUGCGCAGCCUCGAGCACUCCACCAUCCUGUACGAGACCCCGCCGCCGAAGAACCCGCCGCCGCCGACGUCGCCGUCCGCGGGGUCCCGCCCUCCCACGUCGCCGCUGCUUCGCAUCGCGUUCAAUCCAUCAGACGCGAACUACAUGUCAACGUUCCACAUGGACGGAUCGGACGUGCAGAUCCUGGACAUGCGGAGCCCAGGUGCUCCCGUGAUGGAGCUUCGGGCUCAUCGAGCGCCUGUCAACGCCGCAGCUUGGAGUUUCACAGACACCCCGUUACUCGCCACCGCAGCCGAUGACUGCCAGCUGCUCCUGUGGGACAUCGCGCCACAUUCGCUGCCUCCCAGCUCCUCGCCCCGCAACGCGAGCUCGCGCCUGAGCUCGCCGCGACCUUCCGACGGGAAGAAGCGGAUUCUGUCGGAUCCCGUCAUGGCGUAUUCCGCGUCGAGCGAGAUCACAAACAUCGCGUGGUCGCCGCGGAUCCCGCAGAUGGUACUGAACAGCGGGCACAUGACGCCUGCGGGAGAGUGGCUCGCGGUCGUGACAGGGAAGUCGAUCAAGGCGUUGAAGGUGUAGACGACGGGGUGCUUGUGGGGCCGGACAUUUUUACAUGCUGUGUUGUGUUAUCAUAGUUGUGUUGCUCGAGACGGUUCAAUGUUUUCCUUUGGAUGUAUCGGGUGUGAACGUUGAUGCGUUGGUGGUGCAUCG